AUGCUUGGUGUUUGGCUGCAGAGGGAUAUGAUCGAAGCCGCCGUCCAAGGAACCUUGAACGUGAUGAGGUCGUGCGUGAGAGCCGGAACGGUGAAGCGGGUGAUCCUCACGUCGUCGGACUCUGCGGUCUCCAUGAGGCCGCUGCCGGACGACGUUCAUGUGCUCGACGAGAGCUCCUGGUCCGACGUUGAGUACCUCAGGGCCAACAAACCAGAAACAUGGGCAUACGCAGUGUCGAAGGUGCUUGCUGAGAAGGCGGCGAGCAAAUUCGCGGAGGAGAAGGGCAUCAGCCUUGUCACCAUGUUGCCGGUGUUCAUCUUGGGCGCGGCGCCGGUCUCCAAGCCCACAUCCAGCGUCCCCGUCACCCUCUCCCUGUUGACCGGCGACGAGGCACAGAUGGAUAUCAUGAUGGGCAUGCAGUCGACCACGGACUGCGUGCCCAUAAGCCACAUCGACGACCUCUGCCAUGCUGAGGUGUUCAUCGCCGAGAAUGAGUCCUCCUCGGGAAGAUACCUAUGGUGCAGUCACAACACCACCGUCUUGCAACUAGCUCGUCUCAUGGCCGAGAAGUACCCACAAUACAACAGCCGAGAGUGUGUGUGUCGUCUGAGAAGCUCAUCGGAGAAGGGUUUGUGUUCAAGUACGAUGAUAUCCCCCGCAAAAAAAAAGUACGAUGAUAUCCCUGCAAAAAAAAAGUACGAUGAUAUAGGUGAAAUCUUUGACGACCUUAUCGAGUACGGCAGAACCACGGGGAUUCUACCGUACUGA